AUGAAUAAUUCAACAAUAGGUUUGUUAAUGUCAUUAUCUUUUCUCAAGCUUUUAGCUGCUUCGAUUGAAAUUGUCAAGGCAAUAAGGCUUCUUUUCAAAGAACUAAAUUUUCGCGGGCUAGCAUGUCUCCAUUCAUAGGCUCCAGCCAAUCAGAAGCACUACACAAAUCUGGGUAGUGACACGUCAUCAGUAUGGAAUUUCUGCGCACAGUUCUCAGACGUCAUUUCGCGGGAAAACUAGUGAUGGCGUCGCGAAAUGUCACAUGCUUUCUCAGGCUAUUUUGUUUCUGAAGAAAUGAAUUAUUCUCCUAUGUAGUGAUAGACAGUGCCCUUUAUAUAAAACAUUUCAAAAUGGAAUCGUUAUUUUUCCAUUGUCAUAUUGAAAGCUCCUUGCAACAAGUGGGACACACUCACAACGAUCAUACUAUUAAACAGAAAUUUAGGCUAAACUAAAUCGGUUCUUAGGAUGUUUUACUACUCUUAUCAACACGAUAGCUCUCGUGUAAAAGAAGUUGAUUGCAUGAAUGACCUAUUUUGCGCUGCUGAACAAGUGAAAAAUAUAAAUUAUGUUAGCAGCCCUUUUUCUCCGGAAAAACAAAUGAAAAUUAUGCUCGUAAUAACGAGUUUUGGCAAAAUUUUUUUGUGCCAAAUCAAUCAAAGCUUUGGACAGUACCGCAACUUCCAUGGGGUCAUUCGAGCCGUUUGGAGGGUCUGACAGUACCUUUAUUUCUCAGUUAAGUCCUGAGUAUUGAUCAUGAUCAGCGCCGAGGGUUCAACCUUGCGCGAUGAAACAUGUUGCAGAUCCUGCUUUGUGAGACCUCGAUAUGUUGAACUAAAAAGGCUAGUGAUAGUCUACUAUAGAUCGACCUGAAGUAACCAGCUCUAGCCCGUAGUUGGAGGAGGCCAAACCUCUCACUGAUAAGCUCCUAUAGUUUCUGUUUGGUCUCCUUUCCCCUCUUCUUUUUUCUACUUGUCCCAUAUUACUUGUAAUUCAUUUUCUAUUGUUGUGUGGCAAAUAAAAUAAAAUAAUAAUUAAAAAAAAUUAUAAAAAACAACAAUGACCUUCUCUCAUUCGACGAGCAAUUUCUUGACACCAAUCCUUACAAUUUUGUUCCCAGAUAACAUAUACUCAUUGCUUCAAUUUGGCCAGGAGUUAUAAACAUGAAUCUGAUUAUCUGAUUUUUAUUGUUCCACAGGAAGUGUAUCCACGCCACCAAAGUCAACCACUAUAGAGCUAGAAGUAGGCAUUACCAUGAAAAUAGCUGUUACUGUGUUGGCAGCCACCAUUUUAAUUCUCGAUUUGAUUGGUAACGCCAUUGUUAUCCACAUUGUCCGCGCCCGAACACAAGCACGUACAACAAUAGAUCUUCUUAUUGCAAACCUGGCAGUAGCUGAUUUAUUAAUGAUACCAGUCAUUUUGUACCUCGUCAAGUUUUUCUUUAUCCAGUUUGACUGGUUUGGAGGCAUCUUGGGACAGAUCACGUGUCGACUGGCUAUGUCACUCCAAGCCUUGUCAAUUUUAGGCUCCGUUUACACCAUCUUCGCUAUAAGCGUUGAUCGUUUCUGCGCCGUGUUCUUUCCACUGCAAAAAAUAUUAACAAAACCUCGUUUAGGAGGUUGCAUCGUGUUUAUAUGGUUGAUUGCAAUUGCCCUCGCAGUUCCACAAGGUGUGAUCGCGACAGUUUUGCCUGUUGGCAAAAAGCACGUUUGUGUUCCAGUAUGGGAAAACAGUGGAAUGAAAUCAAGCAAUUACACGCUAAUUUUUGUAGUGUUUAGCUACAUCUUUCCUUUGGUAGCCAUAGCAACACUGUAUACCUUCACAGGAGCGAGGCUGUGGAAAAGCACCGCCCCAGGCCACCACUCGGAAGAAAUAAUUAAAAGAAUGAAAGCCACCCGCCGCAAACCAACUAAAAUGCUUAUCUGUAUUGUGGUCGUAUUUGCAGUCUGCUGGCUUCCAUUAGAUACAGCAGAAGUCCUAAGAAGAUUUGCACCAGAAAUUUAUUGGAGAUCUAUUCCUUUUGAAGUGAUUUUGAUUUUGCCAUGGUUUGGUGUGGCUAACAGUGCAAUCAAUCCAUUUAUUUACCCUAUUUUUUGCGAGAAGUUUAACUUCGAAUUCAAGACAAUUCUCGGAUUUUACCGCUCUGAGAAACCAAAUCGAAAGAAAUCUGAUUUGACCAUAGAAACGGGGCUGCUUAAAUGGAACGAUAAAAAGAUUGAGAAAAGUCUUUUUAAGCUGGAAGAUAACGAGAAAAGUCCUCAUCCAAGAAGCACCAAAAUAGCUUUCACGACAGUAUAA